ACAUGCUGUAAUAACAUCUAAUUCUGAAUGUUUUAUAUCCUAUAUAAAAAAAAACCACAUAAAAAAACAUUAUAUUCACAAUUCAAUAAAUUCCACCAUAUGAUUGCGUAUUCCAGCUGACCAGACUCCCACACCGACACGUUUUAUAAGGAACUGCGAGGAGGUCGGCUUGUUCCAAGACCUGCAGAAUGUGAACCCCUUCGAAGAAGGAUUCAAAAGGGCAAUGGAGACAUGCAAGCAUGGUCUUUUGCUGGAGAAUGCUGUAUCUACAUCCACAUCUGAUGACCUCCAUACUCCUCAAAUGGUAUUCCCAACACUUGACGCCGGAGAUGCCACACUUUAUACAAGCAACAAUAAAAAAAAUAUCACAAUAAGCAGAUCAUCGAGCGAUGAAUCAGGAACAAUAAAAGAGUAUGAAACGACUACCAUAUCUAAAUUGACCAAUCAGGUGACGACUAUCAGUCGCAUUGUUAACAAACUAGAUACUGUUGAGAAAUCAGAAGAAUCACAGAAAGGCGACGAUCACGUUAGACACAAAGACGUACAUAAUGAAAGAUCUGUGUCAUACACAAAUAAUAUCAUAAAGAUACAAAACAACAUAGAAAUUAGGAAAGACAAUCUUGUCAAUGUCGAAACUACUAAAAGCAUGCCAUCAAAUAGAAUUACAUAUGAUACUAUAACGAAAGAAACAAGUGGUGUACCAAUGAAAGACGUUUUAUUAACAGACAGUAGCAAAACACAUGAAAAUAACAAAUUGCCUCCGAUAAUGAGUCAGAAAUCUUUAGAUUUCGUCGUUGACAGUCUCACUUCGGAAAUAUGUCAGAAUCAUAAUGGCAAACCUGUUGUUAAGAUGAGAAAUAGAAGAACGAACAAGAUUUUACCUAAAGCAACACCGGCUACUAAUGUUCCAAUGAUAGGCAUGUCAAAAAAUGAUAGUGUUAAAAAUGACGCAACUAAAGUUAAAUUAGAAAGUAAAUGUAACGAUGAUUACGAAGUUACAAUCAAACUGCCGAACGGUAAACGGGUAAGAAUGAAAGCGGUAGAUGAAUCAAUGAGCUCUGAUAAAGUAAAAAAAGAGAGUGACGCAAAAGAAAAAUUGAAAAAUGCAAUAAACAAUAAAGUUACACAUAAUAAUUUACAAAGACUGCAUAGUAUUACGGCGCCAAUACAAAGCAUAGUGCCUAUAGCUGCUGGUACUUUAAUACCUGUUACUAUAAUCAAUCCCACCGCAUUAGCUGUACCUAAAAUACCUAUACCGCCGUUUAAUCCAUUCGCCAAACCAAGUCAAGAGUUUAAGAAAACUGUUAAGAGAAAAAUUGUUGGUAAUAAAGUGACUGAUAAUGGUGAGAAGAAUCCCGAUGAUGGUAAAAUAGGCUCUAAAGAUGAUGAUUGCGCAUUUAUUGAACAGCCACAGAAGAAGAGUAAAGAGAAUAUGGACAGCCGAGUGGCUGCUUCGAGACGAUAUAGAGUUCGACUAAGAGAGACCAUGAAGAGGCAAGUAAACGAAAUAAAACAACUCAGGGAAGCGAACCAAAGACUGGCCACUGACAAAGCCGUGCUUCAGGUACUCAUCACUGAGCACAUGAAGACCUGCCCCAACGCCGACGAUUUUAGUGAGCUCAUUUUUUUUAUACAGCGUGUUUGGUAA